AUGCCGAAGAGUCGAGCCACUAAACCUAUUGAUAGCGAUGUUGAGCGCGCCGCAACCUUCAACAUCUUGCACACAAAGCUUUUCAAGAAGGCGGCCGAAUUCUCUACUCUCACUGGAGCAAGAAUCGCCAUCGUGCUAGAAUCAGAAAACGGGCAGAUGUUCACAUUUGGCUCCCCAUCUGCUGAAUCAGUCGUCGACGAUUUCCUCUCAGGUAAUCCAUGUACGGAUUUCGAUGGUGAGCAGAAUGCCGGCAUCAUGCAGCUGCAGAGCAAAGUAGUAGAGUUGGAGAGGGAUCUCCCGGGGGUGAAAGAGAUGGGAAAAGCAUCAGAGAAGGUGGGCAAUGAGUUGGCACAUGUCCAGGUGGCUCCACAGAUGCCACCAUCACACACUUCCCUGAUGCGUUUAGGGUCCUCUACUCAAGGGGAAAGAGCCGGUGCUGACGGAGGAUAUGGACAUGAUGUUGGAUCCCGUGGGUACUAA